AAAAUCAGUAAAUCACAAUUCAUAAAACAUUGAAUAUGGAAAAAUAUAUAAAAUUAGUUUAAAAUGUUUAUUAAUUAAUAAUACAUGAUUAUGUUAAAUAUUAAAAUUCUUACAUUUUUCAUUUGUACCGUAGACGGAAUUGGACUACCUAUGAUAAUUUUUUAAUUUUGCAGCUAUCACGAUGAAUGGGAACUUCUAUCGGCUAGGAGUUAAUGUUGGUGUAACACAUAUAAGACUGAAGUCAACAAUCUAUGCACUCUCUUCAGGGCUUGGAAAAUGUGGUGUAGCUGUUAUCAGAGUAUCUGGUCCUCGUGCAUCUGAUGCUAUAUUAAACAUGACCCAUUUAAAAUAUUUACCAAAACCUAGAAAAGCUUGUUUGAACAAAAUUAUUGACCCAACUACUAAAGAACAAUUAGACAACGGAUUAUUACUUUGGUUUCCAGGCCCUAGAAGUUUCACAGGUGAAGAUUGCUGUGAAUUUCAAGUACACGGUGGUAGGGCUGUUAUCACUUCAAUUCUACAUGGUUUAUCAAAACUACCAAAUUUUCGACCGGCUGAACCUGGAGAAUUCACCAAACGUUCUUUUUAUAAUAACAAGAUGGAUUUAACUGAAGUAGAAGGUUUAGCCGACCUUAUAGAAGCUGACACUGAGUUUCAAAGAAAGCAAGCACUAAUGCAAUUAGAAGGUGCCUUGAGACAACUUUAUAGUUCUUGGAGACAACAUAUUUUAGAAAAUUUAGCUUAUGUCGAAGCUUAUAUAGAUUUCAGUGAAACUGAUAAUAUUGAAGACUUGGUAUUGGAAAAUGUUAAAGAAAAUCUAGAAAAACUUGCUAAAGAAAUUGAAAUGCACUUAAUGGACAACAGAUCGGGUGAACUUUUACGUGAUGGAGUCAAAGUGGCAAUAAUCGGAGCACCAAAUACAGGAAAGAGUAGUCUUUUGAAUUCAUUAUGUAGCAGGGAAGCAGCUAUAGUAACAGAUUUACCUGGUACAACUAGAGAUCCAAUUCAGGUGCCCCUAGAUGUGUCUGGUUACUCUGUUCUUUUGAUUGACACUGCAGGAAUUCGUUCCCAAACUGUAAAUUUGAUUGAAGACUUGGGAAUAAAGAAAUCUAAAGUUCAGGCCCAAAGUGCUGAUAUGGUAAUUCUAAUGGCUGAUGUUCAAUAUCUCUUAGAUGUAGAUAACAUAGAUUUGUGGCUUCAAAAUUAUGUAAAAAAUUUGAAAGUGCAGUAUGAUAAUUGUUUAGUAUAUGUGAAUAAAAUUGACACUGUGUCAGAUGACCAAAUGGUUCGACUUAAAAAAUUAUCACAAAAUUCUAACUGGACCGUGUGUUUUGGUUCAUGCAAAGUUAAUGAAGGUUUAUCAGAUAUGAUGAGAACAUUUAAAAGUCAUUUACAAAAAUUAUGUGGAAAUCCCAAUUUCGAACAUCCUCGAUGUACUCAAGCAAGACACAGAUAUUGUCUCUUAAAAGCAUUGAAUAGUGUUCAGAUGUAUCUCGAUAUUUCAAAGUCUGAUGAAAACAUUGAUGUUGCUGCACAGCAUUUACGUAAAGCAACAUUACAUGUAGGGAAAAUUACAGGACAUGUGUCGACUGAAGAAGUGCUCAAUGUAAUAUUUUCCAAAUUUUGUAUUGGUAAAUAAUGUGAUCAUAAUUGAUUAAUGUAUCAAUGUACCUCUUAUAUUAUAGUUUUAAUUUAGUACUA